CAUCGACUUACAAAGGAAGCUAACAGAGAGGCUAACAGAGACCAAGGCCAACAAUCCAGACUUGAUAUGAAUAGAAAGGGCGACCUCGCAAAGCGAUUCAGUGCAGCUGGCCCAAAGGCUCCAAGCUAUCUCGAGAGACGCUCCGGGGAAGGAACUCAAAGAGAUAACCGGGAUAGCGUAUGGAAACGCAUGGACUCCCGGUAUGCUCCUAGAGAUGACCACCGUGAGAACAAUCGAUAUGCCCCUCGCGACAGGGAUAUCCCACCACCUAGUAAAGAAGCAUACAACAAGAGAAGGUAUGAUGAUUCAUUUGCAGCAAGCAAGCAUCGUGAAGAAGCCAGGAGGGAAGAGAGGAAGCGCAUACCUUCAUCACAAAGCGCUAAGGGAGAGAGAGCUCCUGAAGAACCCGGUGAUAAACAACUUGUGCGGCCUUCCUCUAGCUCAAAGGGAGAGAAAACAGCUGAUGUCCCUCUUAAAACAUCGCUGACACAGCCCCAACUGGCCAAACAACUCAACUCCUCCCCGGAUCAUAUCAGGGAACGUCCUUUCAGACUAGCCCUUCAGAAAUCUUCAGGAGACUUGAAGUUGAAAGGAAAAGUUGGAGAUUUGGGAGAUUCCUCCGAAUCCGUAAGCUCAGCAAAAAAGAGCUUGAAGUUCGCCGCUGAGACGAAUCAAUCACCACCCAAAGCCCACCCAAGAUCACCACCUGUUAACAGUGAGGAAGGGAAGAAAAAGAGCUGGUAUGAGAUGACAUUGGAAGAGGAAGAAGAGGUAAGCAAAAAAGCUACAGAUGAUAAAGAUAAGCUUUCCACGGGUGAUCCAGAACUUAAUGAAGUUGAUGAUCCAAAUGCGGAGAAAAUUCUAGAAGAUGAAGAUUGGAUGAUCGAUGGUGAAAAUUUCGAUGAUGAUGACCUGAUGGAUGAGGAUGACUUGCUAUACGAUGAGAACCACAAGGAAGAAGAGGUUGAGCAGCUGAUGCCCCCAAAGACUAAGCCGGGGUCGAUCACCAAUGAGUAUGAUGGGGAGAAGAAGGCUGAUGAGACGCAGAACUGGCCUGUGGGAAACGCGACAGGGCCUGGCUCCAGCAACGAUCUUCAGCAACCACCAGCCCUUUCAUCGCAAUCACCGUUCAAGAAGAAGAAAGGAUCACCGAACCCUAACGCUGCUGGACUUUCAUUGACAAAGAGGAACAUGCUAAAGGGUCUGGCCUCACCUAAAACCAAGGAUGGGCCAGCGCUGGGCUCUAACUCCUCUAUGGGCCAAAUUGAUAAAACUGCUGGUGGAGGCAGUGAAGAUGUUUCUGCAAAGACAAAGAAAAAAACUGCAAAGGUGGGAAGCAAGCCACCCAAGAUCCCCAAAUGAACACAAUAGCGUGGAAUUGUCAGGGUGCGGGUGCUGACCUUACCAAGG